CACUUGAUAAUGGCAAAGCGGCUAUCUAGUAUAGUAUAUCAGAUAUCUGUGGAUAUAUAUUAAAUUGUAUAUUUUUUUUAUUAGUAUUGUAUUUUUUUUUACUAUUGGAACAACAGUUGAACAGCAGCUGCUCCGCAACCGUAAUACUUGCUAUGUUUAUUCUGAUAUUUUAUGAUUUGUAGGCUCGUACCCCUCCGGUCUGGCAUGCAUCGUAGCCUCCAUCUGUUAGUAUAAGAUUUUCACUAUUUCACUCAUUCGUUUACCUAAAAUGUGGAUUUGAACUGCUAUCGAAUGCUGAAAUUGUACUAAAAACAACACGGACAUCGAUAUCAAAUUAUAAUGGAGAAACAUACAGAUAUACAAAACAAGAAUAUUUUAAUUCAGACUGAUUACGAUCAAAAAUUAGUAAAAUAUGAUGUCUGUAUUAAAAAAGAGGUGGAAGAUAACAAUGAAUGCACACAAGAAGAAUUAAUUGAUUUUGGAUACAAUAAUGACGAUUAUAAAAAUGACAACAUUAAUUUUUGUAUUCUUGAUAGAGAAACAAAAUGUAUAAACAAGAAUGAUCAAAUAAUUAAAAUUGAAAAAGAUGUGACGGUAAUUAACGGUUAUGUAUUUAAAACCGAAAUGGAAAUAGAAAUGCCAAAUUAUGGAGUCCAUCCAAUAGAAAAUGUUAGUAAUCAUCAUGUCACUGUUGAAGAACAGAUGCAUAAUGGUGAAAAUGAAUACCAGUGUAUUAUAUGUGAUAAAUGUUUUCAUGACAAAUACAAUUUAGAAGUUCACAAAUCACUUCAUGCAAAUAUCAAGAAAUUUAAAUGUACUACUUGCGAUGAGCAGUUCCUUGAAUUGAAUGAUCUUAAAAACCAUUUGAUAUCUCAUAUAGAUAAUAAUAUAAAAUUGCUUGAAAAUCAAUUUAUUCAACAAGGGUGUAAUGAUGUUGGUGAAUGUAAUAGUAAUUUAUGUAAUAACAUUAUUAUGCUGGACGGAUUAAAGACAAGUCAUUCUGAAGGCAGUGUUCCAAUUCAAAAGAGAACAAUCAACAAAAUAAUGCUAGAGUUUUCAGUAGAAAUUGAACAACUCAAUAUUGAAAAUAAUUUAUCAACCAAAGCUUGUGACAUCAAUUCAAAAAAUUGUGUUGAUUCAUAUUUAUCUAUUGGAAACGCAGUUAAUUCUUGUGCUCCAGGAAAUAGUGAAUAUUAUGUUAGUUUGGAUGAAUCAUACACUGUAAGUUCAGUUGAUCAAAAAGAAUAUAAAAAUGAUGAAGAGUAUAAAUGCGCUAAAUGUAGUACAUUUUUUCAUGAUCGUCCAAGUAUUAUAGAACACCUUAAACCUCAUAUAGAUCAAUGUACCAACUGUUGCAAGUACAUUGGUAAUCAGAUUUCUUGUAAAUAUCCUGUUAGCAUCCAAUCAGGUACACCAAUAUAUUUUGAAUGUGAUGAAUGUUACAAUGGAUUUUAUACACUCAAGAGCUUUGGAAAAUAUCCAAGUGCUCCAAGUAAUAAAGAAAAAAACAGACCAUACAAAUGUGAUGUUUGUCUAAAAACAUAUAUACAUUCAUAUCACUUAGCUGCUCAUCAACGGUUACAUAAAGGUGAGAGACCAUACCAAUGUAAUGUUUGUGAUAAACGUUUUCACGCCAGAUUUAAUUUAGAAGCCCACAGAUUUUCGCAUCAAAAUAUCAAGAGAUUUGAAUGUUUUUUGUGUUCAAAAAAGUUUCUCAAUUUAACUUAUCUCAAAAUCCAUAUGUUGUCUCAUGACUUUGAAAAACAUAAAUGCUACAUAUGUGGUAAAGAAUUUGAAUCGUUGAAUUCUUUGAAGAAACAUCAGGAUCGUCAUUCCGGAUACAAACCAUACAAAUGUAUUGAAUGUGGAAAGUCAUUUUCAAUUCAUAAAUCCCUUGUACAACAUUUAAAAAGACAUAGUGGUUUAAAACCAUACAAGUGUACUCUCUGUGAUGUAAGUUGUAGCACGUUUUUUGAUUUUAAGUGCCAUAAGAGAGUACAUAAAGGAGAAAAGCCAUAUAAAUGUGAUAUUUGCGGAGAUCAGUUUACUCAAUUGACUGAAUGGAAAAGACACAAGAAAACACAUUAUGAUAAUAAAAGUUUUGAAUGCGACAAGUGCCACAAAAAGUUUGCUAGUAAAACUGGUGUCAAAGAUCAUUUGAAAACACAUUUAGAAAGUAUUAAAAUAUAUAGAUGUAAAGUUUGUAAUAAGAAAUUCUCACAAAGUACUUAUUUAUAUGAACAUGAAAAAAUUCAUAAAGACUUAAAACCAUAUGUGUGUAACAUAUGUAAAAAGAGUUUUAUUUCUCGUCAUAACUAUACUAAUCACUUAAAUCAACACACAGGUGCUAGACCAUUUGUGUGUGAAUUAUGCGGAAAAACGUAUCCGGCAAAUGUAUCUCUAAAAAGGCAUAAAAAAACAAAUCAUACAUGUGAUAUUUGUAAUAAAUUCUACAGUGACCCCAAAGAACUCAAGGUUCACCAGACUACACAUGAAGAAUCUAAGCUGAGGCAGUAUGCAUGCAAAUUGUGUGACAAAUCAUUUAAAAAUCCACGAGCUUUGAACAGACAUCAAUUAACUCAUCUAGUCGAAAAACCGUUUAAGUGCGACUUUUGUCCCAAGUCUUAUAUAAAUUGUACUGUUCUGGCAGUUCAUAGAAGAAAUCAUACUGGUGAAAGGCCAUACAAAUGCAGAUUAUGUAAUAAGACAUAUCCUCAAUUAAGUUCACUUAAUCGACACAAAGCCAUUGUACAUAAAUAAAUGAUUGUCCCUACACCUAAUAUUAUUAAAAGAAUAUGUUAUACAUUAGUAUAGGCAUAUUUCUUUGUACAUAAACAUUAGAAUUAAAAACUAAAUAAAUGUAUGUUACUUUACAAAAUGUAUGACUAAGUUUUUCAAUUAGUUUUAUCAGAAUAAAGUCAAUUAUGAUUUAACACAGAAAACUUAGACUUAGAUGUUGCACAUGUAUGUGUUAUCUUCCAUGCAUAACUUCAUACGACAUAGCACAUUUUUGUUUACUAGUUUCAAUAGUGUUCUGUUAGUAUUGAUAUUAGAGUGAAUUUCCUUAUUAUAAAAUGUAAAGGUAAGACUGUCCCCAAGUAGGAUUUUUUUGGUAGUAUUAUUUUAAAGUAAGUUCUGAUCAUUUUAAAAUGUACUGUUUCAAAAAGGUCAUAACUUACUUAAAAAUAAUAAUAUCAUUAAAUUCUUAUGUGUAUUAAUGAUUAAAUUAAUAAUUUGUGGAUUAAGACAUCACUUUAAUAUAGAAAUGAAAAUUUGCCAUGUCGUACAUGUGUAAGACAGAGACAAAAAAGUAAUAUUGUUAAUACUUUGCAUAUGUAUAGCUGUUGUAAGUAAUCAUGGUAUGUGAGUAUGCUAAUUGACUAUGUGUGUUCUGCCAUAUUGUGAUUUAAGUACUUUUCUUGUUAGUAUUUAUUUAAAAUUUGAUCACAUCAAAUUUGUAUUAUUGCAGAUAUUAUUUGAGCACUACAUAAAAUAAGUUGAAUAUUUUUAAUUAAACCUUGCAUGUUAACCUGGCCUUACUAGUUAAUUUGAGUAUCACACCUUUUGAGAAAUUAUUGGUUUAAAAAUUGUGAACACUUUUAAGUACUACAAUUACUUUUCUGUGUGUGCUUAAUCAUUAGAGGAUGUCUGUAUUUAGUAAUAAAUCAUGUAUGACAAAAUAUUAAAUAUUAUAUUCUAAGCAUA